CAUGCAGAUCCGGAAUUAUACUAUGUCAAGCAAAAACGUAUAGGUAAAGGAAGCUUUGGAGAAGUAUACAAGGGAUACGAGAUCAAAACUUCCAAACCUGUCGCUAUCAAGAUUAUCGAUCUCGAAUCUGCCGAAGAUGAGAUCGACGAUAUUCAACAGGAAAUACAGAUCCUCGGUCAGCUGGACAGUGAAUUCGUCAUCAGGUAUCAUGGGUCAUACCUGAAAGGAUCUAAUCUUUGGAUUAUUAUGGAGUAUUGUUCUGGUGGUUCAUGUGCUGAUCUCAUGAAAGCGGGGGUAUUCAAGGAAGAGUAUAUCGCUAUCUUAGCACGAGAGCUGUUGAGGGGGUUGGAAUAUCUUCACGGGGAGAAUAAACUUCAUAGAGAUAUCAAAGCCGCAAAUAUACUGCUGACUUCCAAUGGUGAAGUCAAAUUGGCCGAUUUUGGUGUGUCUGGUCAGCUCACCGCGACGAUGACAAAGAAAAAUACAUUCGUAGGGACGCCUUAUUGGAUGUCACCAGAGGUCAUCAAGCAAUCAGGAUACGACCAUAAAGCAGACAUCUGGAGUUUAGGCAUCACUGCGAUUGAGAUGGCCAUGGGUGAACCACCUUAUGCAGACUUACAUCCGAUGAAGGUGUUAUUCCUCAUCCCGAAGAACCCCCCGCCACAGUUGGACGAGACCAAGUUCUCUAAACCCUUCAGAGACUUUGUCUCGCUAUGUCUCAAACGAGAUCCACGAGAGCGUCCUACAGCAAAAGAGUUGCUCAAACACAAAUUUGUCAGAACGGCGAGGAAGGCUUCGUAUCUGACAGAACUGAUCGAGCGUUUUGAGAAGUGGAAGGUUGAUUCAGGAGAGGAGAAACCACAAACAGACUCGGCGCAGUUCCGGUUAGUAGUUUGGAGACUUUUCAACGUUGAGCUGACAAUGUAG